AAUAUGAUUCUCGGAUUUCAUUAAGGAUUUACUUACAGUGAACUGCAGAAACUUCACAAGCAAUUUGUGCUUAGUGAUGUCCUGACAGAAGCUGAAUUUUGGGCAGCACGAAGUUGCUGGAUAGAGAGGCCAACAAAAGGACAAAACAGCGACUAGGUUUUAAAAGUGCAAUGAUUUCUGACAUCAGACCAUCAACUGAUGGUCGGACAAACAAAGUCACAUUUAAUUUGACUCCAGAGAACAUUCUUCAAAUUUUUUCUGAGAAGCCAGCUGUUCUCCAUGCAUUCUUAAGUUAUGUUCCUAACAAGAUGUCAGAAAGGGAUUUCUGGACCAAAUAUUUUAGAGCAGAAUACCUACAUGGUACAAAAAAUAGUAUUGCUGCUGCAGCAGAGGCUGCUGAAGAUGAGGAACUUGCUGUUUUUCUCAAGCAGGAUGACAUAUUGGCAAGUGAGGCUCGGUGGAAGGUUAGGCGGGUUGACCCAACUCUGAACAUGGAGGCUGAUGAGGGGGAUGAUUAUACACAUCUUCCAGAUCGUGGAAUCUUUCGUGAUGGUAGUAAGGAAAUGACUGAAUCACAAAAUGAGCUAUACCGAAGAACUCUAUCCCAAGACUUCAACCGGCAUGCUGCAGUUGUUCUUGAGGGAAGAGCUGUAGAUGUGGAGUUGGAAGACACAAGGGCUGUAGCAGAAGCGCUUGCUAGGUCAAAACAGGAAUUAUCAACUAAGGGAGAAUCUGAUGGGGAUGCAAGCUGGGAGAGGUUAGAUAGGGUAUCAAGGAUGACUGAAAUAGAAGAUCUUCAGGGACCAAAUAAUCUUCCACUAGCACCACUUUGCAUUAAGGAUCCUCGAGACUAUUUUGACUCUCAACAAGCGAAUGCACUUAGAACUUCUGGAGAUGCAUUUGGUGGAAUGGAACAAAUAAAAUGCAGUUUGAGCACCCAGGAGGUGUAUGGUUCCUUGAGAGAGUCCAUCUCUCAAAUCAAGGCUACGGGGUUGAAGGAUCCUAUAGUCAAGCCCGAAGUUGCUCAUCAAGUUUUUGAUGCUUUGACCAAUAGUAUCUCAACCACCAAAUAUCAUAUCGGGAAAAAUCCUCACGAGAGUGUUCUGGACAGAUUGCCGAAGAAAACUAAAGAGGAACUAUUGCAUUUUUGGUUUGUGUCCUGCAAUAUUUUGCUUAUAAAAAACUCUCAAUGUUGCCAGCAUUGGACAUCAAUCCUUGAACUGCUUAAACAUUUUUGGGCAUCAUAUCCUAUCACCACAACUUACCUCUAUACCAAGGUAAACAGACUGAAGGAUGCCAUGUCAAAUAUCUAUCCACAGCUAGAGGAGAUUAAGGGAUCUGUCCCAUCAGACCUUCGACAUCAGGUUUCCCUCCUUGUUCGUCCAAUGCAUCAGGCUGUAGAUGCUGCUAUUCAACAUUAUGAAGCAGACAUGCAGAAGAGAUCCACACGGAGAGAGACCAAAUGGAUUCGUCUAGGAGGAACUAUACCGUUGUUAUAUGCCUGCCUCAUUCUAACAUACACCCUGUACAUUAGAUCAAUUUUGCUGUGGAGGGGAUCUUAUUUUUGUCCCAUUGAUGUCAAAACAACUUCGCACUUGCAAAUGCAACAUUUUUCUGAAAUCAUUAGAGGCGAGGAGCCGUGUGCACCCCUGAUCUGUUAAAUGCUCUUGUCAAUGCAUUUGAUUUUGCUCUUCUGGUGUUUGUUUCCCAUAAAAGAAAUUGUAUUGCAACAUUUAUGUAAUUAUCGUUUAGUAUAUUAUAUCUUGUCAACAAAAUAGACAGCUAUAAAUGAUCUUGUAUGCUUUCAAUGGAGCUUGAUUGAGCUAAUUUUAUUUUUGGUA